GUUUGGGACACACAUUCAUUUGAAGGGUAUUGGAGAGAUUGUGUGAGAAAGGCAAUCAUUAAAAACUGGACCAGGGUGCAGGCUGUGGGAGAGGACCAACAUGAACUUGUCGGUUGUUCUGCAAGACAAAUUCUUGCAGUACUACUGUACUAGCCAUCACUCCUUCUGAGUUCAAAACAACCUCUUCCCCUGUUCCUUUCCUACUUGGUUUUUAUGGGCCUGGAUGGCUGGUAGGAAACAACACUCUUCUUCCCCCUCUUCCCACCCUAACACCAACUUUUCCACACCACUUCCUCUAAUCCAACAUUAACUCAUAACAUCCCUUUCUUAUUUCCUAAUCAACCUUAACUCUUUCACAAUUUACUCUUUGUGUUUCCCAACCUCUUGUGUUGUUUUCUCUUGCUGGUGCAAUUCAGCUUUCUACUUCUACUCCUCAAGUCUUCACAGUCUAACAUUCUAGCCACAGAGGUGAGUAUUUUUUUUUUAUAGAUUAUCUGGGUCUCUAGGGACCCCGUUGUAGUCUCAUUCCAUAAGGUUUUUCUAUUCUACCAAAAUAUAUUAUCCUUUUCUCUUUGUUUUUUCCCCAAUAAAUAAAAUAAUAAUAAAGCUAUUCCCUCCCUGGCUGUAGUGGUGCUAUAUAUACAGUUAAAUCACUGAUUCACUUCUGAGAAUAGGAUUGAUUAGUGAAAAUUGGUUGGUGGGAUUAGCACCCAGAACGUCAAAAUCAGAAUAAGGAAAGAAUAAUUGUGGGCGUGCUAGUAAUUAUGCCUUUGGUUGAGUCUGGUGUUGUAUUAGAUGGGAUAAUAUGAAUUAGGGUUGAGGAGGGUACAGGAAGAUCUACAACCAUAAUUAAAGCAAAAAUCAGGAAGAUGAUGAUGGUUUAGGAAAGAUUAGAGCUUGUCAUAAUUAGAGAGAGCAUAGAGGGUUGAGAUCAAACGUAGCUUGGUAGAUCUUGGAAACCCACAGAAAGCAAAGUCUGAUGGAAAUGGGAGGCCAAGAUAAGGAAAUAGAGAUACCAACAAGUUUAGGUUACAACCUUCCCAACAGAGAUUCUUCUUCUUCCUCUUCCAAGCUCUCUUCUCCAACACUUGGUGAAAGAAGUACCACUCAUCAUGAUCGUGAUCAACCUCAUCAUCAACCACCUCAUCAAACUCACACAUUAAUCUUCAACGACCCACCUCACCAUAAUCUCUACCCACCACCACCUCCUCCUCCUCUUGCACCUCGUCAACCUCAUACACUCACACCAGAUCCAGAUCUAACCACCCCAAUUGCUCCCACAUCGAAUCCUCUAAGAACACCACACCCCCACAUAACAACAAUACCACAACCACCAGCAGCAGCAACAACCUCAACCUCAACCUCAACCCCGUCGAUCAGGUACCGAGAAUGUCUUCGGAACCACGCGGCAAGCAUGGGGAGCCACGUGGUGGAUGGCUGUGGAGAGUUCAUGGCAAGUGGCGAAGAAGGUACGCUGGAAUCACUAAGAUGCGCCGCGUGUGAGUGUCACCGCAACUUCCACAGGAAAGAGGUUGACGGAGAGUUACAGCCACAACAACCACCGCCACUGUUACUGGUACAGCAACAACAACAACAUGUUCCCAAUUAUCACAGCUACUACCCCAACAAGCACAAUGGGCACCUUCACUACCCUACACCCUCUCCUUCUUCCCUCCAUCAUCACAGAUUAGUUGGUAGCAGUGGUACACCGAGUCUGGUUCCCCAAGUGAUGAUGGCCUUUGGAGGCCAAGCUGAGUCCUCAAGCGAAGAUCUGAACAUGUUUCAGUCCAACACCGGAGGAGCACAGUUAUCAGUGCAGGCGCCACUUUCUUCCAAGAAGAGGUUUAGGACUAAAUUCUCUCAGCACCAGAAGGAUAGGAUGAUGGAGUUUGCUGAAAAGAUUGGUUGGAAGAUUCAGAAACAUAAUGAGCAGGAGGUACAGCAAUUUUGUUCUCAAGCGGGCGUAAAGAGACAAGUUUUCAAGGUUUGGAUGCACAAUAACAAGAAGCACCCAAUGUAAGCCUAGCCUACACUCUUCUUCUUUUCUACAUCCCUUGUCUUCCAUCUUGUUUGGAAAGAAAUAAUAACAAAAAGAGACACCAGAUUAAUUUUUAAGUCAAUAAUAUUGUAGAUUUAGAUGUGCAUAUAUAUAUAUAUAUAUAUAUAUAUAUUAUUCAAGCAGAGGAAGCUAGAGCUAGCUAGCUAUAGCACAUAGACACAUUAAAUUGACAGCAGCUGUGUAACUUCCCAUUAUAAUUACUCAUUUUCGCUGUGUA